GGCCGAGCGCGUGGCGCGUCCUCCGGCUGGACCAUGUCGGGCGGCUCGGCCAAGAAGCGCGGCUCGGCGGCGUCGGCGGCAUCGGCGGGAGCGGCGGAAGAGGAGGCGCGGGAGAUGCUGGCGGGCCCGCGGGGCAACGGCUGCGCCCCGGCGGCGGCGGCAGUGGCGGCGUCCGACGGGGCGGCGGGCGAGGAGGGGGUGGCGCUGAAGCGGAACAUCACGCUGCUGAACGGCGUGGCCAUCAUCGUGGGCACCAUCAUCGGCUCGGGCAUCUUCGUGACGCCCACCGGGGUGCUGAAGGAGGCCGGCUCGCCCGGGCUGGCGCUGGUGGUGUGGGCGGCGUGCGGCGCCUUCUCCAUCGCGGGCGCCCUCUGCUACGCCGAGCUGGGCACCACCAUCUCCAAGUCGGGCGGCGACUACGCCUACAUGCUGGAGGUCUACGGCUCGCUGCCCGCCUUCCUCAAGCUCUGGAUCGAGCUGCUCAUCAUCCGGCCCUCCUCGCAGUACAUCGUGGCCUUCGUCUUCGCCACCUACCUGCUCAAGCCUCUCUUCCCCACCUGCCCCGUCCCGCUGGGCGCCACCAAGCUCAUCGCCUGCCUCUGCGUGCUGUUGCUCACAGCGGUGAACUGCUACAGCGUGAAGGCGGCUACUCGUGUGCAGGAUGCCUUUGCAGCUGCCAAGCUCCUGGCCCUGGCCUUGAUCAUCACCCUGGGCUUUGUGCAGCUGGGGAAGGGUGAUGUCGUCAACCUCAGCCCCGAAUAUUCCUUUGAGGGCACCAAAACAGACGUGGGCAACAUCGUCCUGGCCUUGUACAGUGGCCUCUUUGCCUACGGAGGAUGGAAUUACUUGAAUUUUGUCACAGAAGAGAUGAUUAACCCUUAUAGAAACCUCCCUCUGGCCAUCAUCAUUUCCCUGCCCAUCGUCACCUUGGUCUACGUGCUGACCAACCUGGCUUACUUCACCACCUUGUCAGUCAACGAGAUGCUGGUGUCGGAAGCCGUUGCCGUGGAUUUUGGGAAUUACCACCUGGGUGUCAUGUCUUGGAUUAUCCCCGUGUUUGUGGGUUUGUCUUGCUUUGGCUCCGUCAACGGCUCCCUUUUCACUUCGUCCCGGCUUUUUUUUGUAGGUGCUCGGGAAGGGCACCUGCCUUCUGUCCUGUCCAUGAUCCACCCCCGGUUGCUCACUCCUGUGCCCUCCCUUGUCUUCACGUGCCUCAUGACUUUGCUCUACGCCUUCUCCAACGACAUCUUUUCGGUGAUCAACUUCUUCAGCUUCUUCAACUGGCUCUGCGUGGCCCUGGCCAUCAUCGGCAUGAUGUGGCUCCGGUACAAGAAACCAGAGCUAGAGAGGCCCAUCAAGGUCAAUGUGCUGUUGCCCAUUUUCUUCAUCCUUGCGUGCAAUUUCCUCAUCGCCGUCUCCUUCUGGAUGACCCCGAAAGAGUGUGCCAUUGGCUUCGCCAUCAUCUUCAGUGGCGUCCCCGUGUACCUGAUUGGUGUCUGGUGGAAAAACAAACCGAAGUGGCUCCUGCAGAGCAUCUACUCCACCACAGUCCUCUUCCAGAAGCUGAUGGAAGUGGUUCCUCAAGAGUAAAGGAGUGAAGGAGGGUGUGUGAAACCAUCGAUCUUUAGUUCAAGCCAACGCACAACAUUGUUUUUGAAACACAAGUAUGUCUGAUUCCUCCCUGGAAAAAUGGAAACAGCAGAGACAGCCUGGAGAUCUCUCGGCCCACCUCUGGUCCUCUUGAGGUCUUCCCUGACCAGGCCCUUGAGAAGAUGCUGGCAGAGAAGAACCAUCCCAGGUGCAAAUUUUAAAAUUGGGAAGAGGAGGUCGCUUAGAAGAGGCCUCCACCCAAAAUGGGGAAGCCCACAAGGAUGUUUUGUUUACAUGCUCAACUAUGGACUUUAUUUAGUUUUUCCACCAGCUGGCAGAAAAAAAAAGAGGGGGAAAAAUGCAGACAAUAGAUGAGAUCCAGCAACGUAGGGUGUUCCUCAAAAGACGUCUGCCGACACUGAACACUCCUUGCCAACAAAGGGGGCUCUGCAGAAGAAGACAACCCCACAAACUGACGUCAGGCUGAGCGGCCCCCACCUCAGCACUUCUCAUUCUCAGUGGACUAAGUGGUUCUGACAUGAGCAAUUUUUUAAAUUGUUUAAUUUUUUUAGUGACAUUAUUUUUAAAGCUUUCUCCUCCUUGAGACCCCCACGUGACCAUGUUGUGUCUGUUUCCCAUAAGGGGUUUUGUACAGUUUUAAUUGGCAUCCUGACAAAUUCCCCCAUCCGGGUCAGGCUGAAAUUUCUAGACACUCCUCAAACUAGGAUGGAUCCGUGCAACCGUCUCCAGAGCAAUACUUCUCAAAUUGGACCAGUUUAAGCCGCGUGGACUUCCAGAACUCCCAGAAUUCCUGGCUGGGAAAUUCUUGGGAAUUGGAAGUCCAUACAGUUUAAAUCAGGGGUCGCCACCCUGGGCAACUUUAAGACUUGUGGAAUUCUGGGAGUUGAAGUCCACAAGUCUUCAAGUUGCCAAGGUUGGAGACCCUUGGUUUACAGUGCUCCACGUUGAGAAAAAAGCCACUGAAUUUGCCAGUUGAGGGAACGUGAUGCAUGACAUUGGGAAGUUUUCUUACUUGGCGUCCUUGUUUGAAACGCAUUUCCUACUAGCAUUCAGUGGUUCUACUAAACGUAUUACAUUUUUGUUUCCUCGCUGCCCAGAAUGUCAUUCCUUACAGCACCAUAAAUGUAUUCUUAAGAACGGGCUGGAGCCGGCUAUCAUGCGCGGUGGAUGACAUGGGAAGCAUAAGGCAGAGGAGAGCAUCGAGUGGGAACAAGCAGAACAUCCAUGUUCUGUGCACAUCUGUGUGUCUGUUUUUUUUAUGCACGCGUGUCUGCUUCCGUGGCACUUUUCUUGGUCCACAGCUUUUCUCAAGCACACAACUAGACUUUGGCCAAGCAAGCAACAGGGUAGACCUUUGAGCUAUAGAGUGGAGAAUUGAAAUCGGCACUUGUGUGAUUUAUUGUCUGUUAUGGCUCUCUCAUGGGACCGCAUUGCUUAGAAUUGGGUGGGAUGCUUCGACUCACGGGAUACGUUUUUCUUUCUCUUCCAUUCUCGGGGAAUGUCUGGUCUGGAAAGUUUGGUUCCUCUAGAGCGGGAGGUGUCCAACCUGGGCAACUGUAAGACUUGUGGACUUCAACUCCUAGAAUGUCUGGAUCUCAGAUGCAUGGAGUUCAGCUCCCAGAAUUCCCCAGCCAGACACUGAAGUUGAAGAGUUGAAGUCCACACAUCUGGGAGUCUGGACAUUCUGGGAGUUGACGUCCACAAGUUUAAAAAUUUGCCAAGGUUGGACGCUCCUGAUUUAAACUUGAGCUGCAAAAACUUUCAGCCAGCGGGAGCGCAGAAAUCCAGACGGGACAGCGCCUCCGUUAAAUAAAACAUAUAAAUCCAAACUUUAUAUGGUCAAGCAGGAUGCAAGAAGUGGUUUUCCUUUGUUCUUGCUUGCAAGAUGCUAACCUGCACACGUCUUCAUUGUUUGCUUCACGGAGUUGUGAACAUUGUGGUUAUUGAAACAAGGAAACAGGCGAAAUAAUUUGGCGGGAGGAGAAUAGUUGAGGGCAGUCCAUCUGUCAGUUGUGAUGCCAACAAAUGCAGAUUCUAAAAACCCAGGCGCCACAAUGUCGAACCUCGUAGAGGGGGCAUUUUUAACUCUUUCUGCCAUGUUUUCUCGAGUCCUCCGUGCAGCUGCUCUGAAUCCUCUUCCCAUCUGUUGUCUGUUGCAAAAUGGUUUUUGUGCCUUUAUUUCCCAAUAUUAAGGAAAUGGGCUGCUGUUAACAUUUACAAUUUCUAAAUAACAUGGUGGUUCAGAAAUGCAGAAAGUCAUCAUAGCGAUCAUGUUUUAUAAAGAGGGACGAGGCCAUCGUUCUUCAGCACAUCUGGUGAGGUUUGGCCCCUUUACUGCUAAGUGCUCUUUUGUCUGUGGACAGGGUGGCACCCAGAUCUCAGGUCCUCCAGAUGGGUUGCAUUACAGCAGCCUUUGUCCCCCGCCUGCCCAAUUCACACUUUUUACAAGGAGCCGUGUAGCAGUUUCCCAUCCAACUAGUGCACCUGCUGUGGGCACCGCCUGGCUUUGACCAUUGUUUCACUCACCAAUUUAGUAUGCUAGGCGUUUUAUUUCUAAAGGGGGGCAGAAAUGUGGAGUACAAUCCCCGGGUGAGAACUGCAAAAAAAAAAAGAUUGCAGUUCAGAGCUUUCCAAUUCACCCUCUUCCCCCAGGGACAGGCCAUUCUGCUUCGCCCCCCCUCAUUUCCGCUGCUUUACCACUCAAAAAUAUUCGGCAUUCUCUAGGUAUUUAUUAAGCGCACUCAAGUUUUGCGGAGCUUUGUAGAAUUGCUUAUGUGUGUGUGUGUGUGUGUGUGUCCCCACCCUAUUCCUUUUCUUCUUAGUUGUGCCUUAUUGUUUUUGGACUUCUGCAAAGAGGCUUACUGCCCGUUUUGGCUUCAGUUGCACUUACCGUUACCGGUGGAGCCAAAAAGUCAAAUCUCGCAGGCUGCAACUUUGUAAAAGAAACCAGCCUGUCAACCUAGGAACGGCUUUGCUUUGUUGUGCGUUGCCCAGGUGUCUUUCACCAUGUCUUUUCUUUGAGCCACGUAGUCCGGUUCUGCACCUCUUUUUACCAGCUUUGUGCAUCUGCCUGGUUGACUUUCUAGUUGCUUGAUGUCAAGCGUGCCUCAAGAAAAGGCUAAGGGUGCAAUUGUGCAUGAGCAUUGAGCCAAAAAUCCAUCUCUAAGGCCCCAAUGACCGAGGAGAGCUCUCCAGCUGGUUCCCAAACAAAGGUGAUGUCUCUUCAACUAAGAGCAGCGGGGUGUCCUAGCUUGGCAGCUAUCACACCUGUGAGCAGUGGCUGGCUGAGGAAUUCUGGGAGUUGAGGUCCACAAGUCUUAAAGGUGCCAAGCUUGGACACCCCUGAACUAGAGUGGAAUGACCAUCCAGGCACAUGUUACGAUCCUUCUGGACCUCUUACUGUUUGUCUUAUGGAUGGAUGAGGCUCAUUUCAGGAGUGGAAUAUUUGAGGAGGGGGGUCUUCUGUGCCCACGUGGAGAAGGCAGAAAGACUACAAGCCUUGUAGCCCUAUUUAAGGUCAAAGGUUUACGUGCUCGAGCAAAUGAGCACUCCUGCUC